GAUUAAUUAAUCUGAUUCCGGAGUCAGAACAAAGACUAUACAGACACGCAAUACUUAAAUGUUGUUUAAGGAUAUUGUACAGUAGCAGAUUACACGUAGGUAAAAAUUCUAAUUAGUGUAUGCGUCGUUUUCAUUCAGACGCGUUGACCAGCAGAGGUCGUCGCCGUCCUGCGUCUCGUGCGCUUCGAUAAGUUUUAAAUCAUGUUUCUCCCAGUACUAAACAAUAACAAAACCCGCUAAAACACAGUCAAACCAUGUGGUAAUCGACUAACCCUAACUUAUUUGUCAGGACUGUCUCUCACGUAUGGCUUUAGGAGAGAUGAGCGUCAUCGUUUAGUAGAAAUGAUGGCACGCUCGUGGCUCGACAACAGGAUCACGAGCCUGGAGAGGAGGUUUGUGGUUGCCCUUCGAUUGCUGUCGUGUCCUUGUCUAAUACAGACACCAAGACAUCUGCAGCUCCACAACAUGCAGUUCAACCAGAAGAUGAUGAUGAACUUUGCUGUCAUUGCUGUUAUCAUGUCAGUGAUGAUCAUGGGCACAAAUCAACAACCAAUCAAGCUUGAUGUAUCUGAUGAAUGCUGCACAUCCGUCUCCACCACAGAAAUCACAUCACCUAUAACAGGAUUCAGACUUCAAAAGCGAAAUGGUUCUUGUGUGAAUGCAGUCAUUUUCUACACAGAUGAGGGUGCGUUGUGCACCCACUGGAAGGAGAGCUGGGUGAAGCAGAAGGUCCAGGAGCUCAGAAAACUUCAGCGACAGAAGAUCACCAGCACUGUCUCUACACCUCUGAUGAAGAUCACCAGCACUGUCUCUAAACCUCUGAUGAAGAUCACCAGCACUGCCUCUACACCUAUGAUGAAAACUUCCUCUAAAAGCCUGGAUAUUGCUGCAUUCUGCAGACAAUGUAAAAGUUUCGUGUUGGAGAACUGUUUUGACUACACAAGGACAAUGAAGAAGACGUUUAAUCCAGAUCUUCCCAUGGCAUGCUAUAUCCUCUUUCAAUUGGAUAAAUGCAUUGAAUCUUCAGCAUCCCGUUUUUAUAAAGAAAAUGUUUUGAUGUGUUUCAUUAGCUUUCCUUGAGACUGGAUUCUUCAAAGUUUAUAAACAUAUCACAUCUGAUUUUCUGUCUGUUAAUGAAACAAAAGAUCUCAUGUUAACUGCAACACAGUCUCACUCCCUUCUCGUCAAAUGAAUGACUCAUGGUCAAGGGAUUUGGCGUCACCUUUGCAGUCUUCAGAAGACCUUAUGAUGCAGGUUCCGGUUGCGAUGCGCUGUCCCAAGACGUCAAAUUUCAACGCUGUUGAGUUCUAAUAGAAGUAUAUCGGACUACCCGACACGUUGAAAAAUAACGCCAAGGGUAUACCCAGGGCGUUAAAAGGUGAUGCCAAAUCCCUUGACCAUGCGUCAUAUAUUUGACGAGUAGGUUUGUUGGUUAACUGCAAUAACUUUUGUAUAAUCUAUAGUAACUCCAUUAUACACCUUAAACUUAACACUUUUGGCAAAUAAGUAAUUGAGCCUAUUUAGGAUAAAUUUGUUUUAUCUUUGUUACAAAGUUAUAGUUAGAAAGAUUUUCUCUUCUUGUUUUCUUAUUUAGUUAACUUUAAUGACAGAGACGUCAACAGGUAGGCCUAUAAGACCAAAUGCAAUAAAAUGUUUAAGAUAAUCAACUGUUUACUAUGAUACUCACUAAGACAUCUAUUUUGAGACAUGUUACUGUGUAUUUGUCCAGAAACCUAAAAGACAUGAACAUGAACUCAUUUAUCUCUGUGCACGCGCGCUAUUGAUGGGUAGGAAGCGCUGUGCACACAAUGCGUUUUCAAGUUCAAGGCAGCAGUCCAGUCCACCACAAUCUCAUCAACACAGUGAAAAAAUCACUUCAAGAAUAAAAAGGUGCAAAGAGAAAAAGGAAACCCAAUUUAUAAGCAUAGACAUUAUUCAGUCAACGGAAAGACAGAUAUUAUGCAUGAAAUGAAAUCAGCCUACAAUGAAAUCAAUAUGUAAAAUUUGCAACAUAUGGUAAUAUUUUAACAAUGUGCUGUGCUGCAGUAUGUCAAAAUAAACACGUCAAUUAACAGGACAUUAAUUUUUUAAGGGAGUGAAAGUAGUGCAUUAAAUUUGUACACACCAGCCACCACUCUAGCUCCGCCACCUUAUUGGAAUAUUUCAUUAUAGUGCAUAGAUGGGCUGAAAGUCACAGAGGGAAAGAGCCGAAGUCUGCCCUUUUGCCGUUUUCAAAUGAAAUUUAAUGAGGACUGAAGCGAUCGCAAAUCCUUAUAAAGUUUAUGGAGCUAACAUGUCAAAUUUUGGUCUAACACCACCCCUGGGCACAAGUGAGUUUUACAGUUUUUAGUUUUACAGCAAAAUGCAUGUAUUUGGUAUUUGACUUUUACACUGAAAAAAAUGAUUCAUUCAAUUUGCUCAAUUUUUAAGGUAAGUGGUUGCAAUUAAUUUAUUUAGGCUACAUUGAACAAAAAAGAUUAGUAAAGUAAAAUAAAAUAAAAAAACAAUUUUGUUUAAAUGUAGCUUAAAUAAAUUGAUUGCAACCACUUACCUUAAAAAUAAUUUAGUAAAUUGAAUGAAUAAUUUUUUUUCAGUGUAGUAAGGAAUCUAAUUUCAAUUCUACAAAAUGCUCAGCACCGCAGGAUGUCUAUUGCGUUUUUGCAUUGACUUAACAUGUAAAUCCCUCACGCUUAAUGCUUCAUUCCUGUCUGGUGUAAACGCACCAUUCAUUACGUCACUGAAUAAUGAAAUGUGUCCAUAAGAACGUGUUGUCAUUUAAAGUAAGUAAAUAAAAACAGUGGACAGAAGACAUUAGUGCUUUAAGUUGGUGCCGGUUUUUUUAUUUGUUGCUGUCUCGACGACUCCUAUAUUAAAGGGGUUAAUAUAGAGUAAAAUACAUUAUAUACACAUAAAAUGUGCAAAAGGAUUUUGAAAAAAUACCCUUAGAAAGAGCUACUGUAGAAAAAGCUAUUGAACAUAAAUAAAAUGUGUAAAAGGUAUGCAAGUAAAAUGUUCAACAUGGUUAAAUGCUAAAACUAGUUGUUCAGAUAGAAAAAGCUUGAAAAAAAACUUUAAAAUGACACCAAGACCAUGAUCUAUGGGUUCAAGAAUAACAAAAUAUUGCCCAUUUGAAACUAGAAAGUCAUUACUUCAUUUUGUCCCAUUGUUUUCCAUUUUGCGGGUGGUAAAACUCCCGUGUGCGUCGUUCAAAUUCAUUGAAAUCUCGUUCACUUGUAGUUUAGCAAUUAAACUAAAUGUCUAUUACAAUUUCAGUAAUGUUUUUACUCUGCACAUCACCUGAGGAAAUCCGAAGUUGCGUCGAGGGGAACCAAACUGACAGCCGCGACAGCGGAAAUUGUCACGUACCAGGGUAUUGGAAAAAACUUGCGUCUAACCUGUAGCUGCAGCCAUAUCAUUCUGGCUUGGUGGGAUGUCAGCCAGCGAGUCCUCUAAUUCUGAACUUGUUCUUUUACUACUCAUAGUCUAAAACCAGGUGGGCAUAUUAAGUGUUGUUGUAUUUUCAUUUUAACCGAGCAGCUAUGGUUGCGUGAUUUGUUGACACUGACAGCAGCAAAAGCGACGCAUGCUACAACUCAAUGGUGUAUGGGUAAUGUUGUCUCUGCUCUUGGUGGGACGAAUUAGGAAGCAUGCAUUGUGAAGGGCGCUCUGAAAAGCGGCAGCACAGCCAAAUGAUAAAAAUAAACCUCUGAUUUAAAUAGAUGUGCGUUCCGCAACGCUAAAAGCGCGUUCAGGGCGCACAGAGAGGUGCUGGUACUCUUAAGAGCUAUAUUUGGAAGUGACGGUACUGAGUACCGGUGUGUACCGGCCCACUUAAAGCACUGGUGGAUAUCAUUUGUGCUCUUCAUUGGGCUAUGUGUGAAUAAUAAGCACGGUCAUUAGCAAAUAAUCAGAAAAUAAAAACUGCAUACCGAAGUGAAGAGGUUAUCUUGGUGUACAUGUAAACGUAGUCAUUGUUAUAAAAUGUAUGAUUGCAUGCAAGAAAUUCAAGUAUCUUUAAUGUAACUAAUGCAUUAAUCAUCAAAUGAUUUUAUGACUAACAAAACUAUUACACUAUGAA